AAGGUUGGUGGGUCUAUACGACCACGUAGACUGUAGGUAUAUAUAAUAUAACGUAUAAGUGAAUGUUUUUAAAACGUACACACUUCUCUUAGCCUCAGUUUUUGACUUAACGCUCUUUGAUCUGCUGACUGCUACUUAAGCAAUUAAAAGAAACGUAGAUUGUACUUAUUAUAAUACAUUCUUAUACAAUAUGUACCUCAUACCACCGAAUGAGACUCAAAUCGCAUACAUAAAGAAUGAAGAUUUCUAUCAACCGUUAAACAAACUCGAAGAAGAUGUCACUCAGCUCAUGGAAUGGUUGACCAAACAACCACAUUUACCCAAUAUUACCGAUAGAAAAUGGUUAGCGCAUUUUAUAACUGGAUGCAAGUAUAAUUUGCAAAGAUCGAAGCAAGUUAUUGAUUCAUAUUUCGUAGCUCGGGCAGAAUUUCCAGAAUUUUUUGGCUCUUUUACUAGAGAACAACUAAAAGAAGCUACUAAACAAGGGUCUGUGUGUUUGUUCCCGAAACUGACGCCGGAGGGUAACAGGGUUUUCUGUACCACGACCCGCCCAUCGACGGACGAUGACAAAUACGACGUCAUGCUGUUUUCUCAAGUGUCCAUAGCCAUUCUGGACUUGCAGCUUAAAUUGGAGCCUAUGUACGGCAACAUUAUUUUGUACGACCUGAAACACAUCCGACUGGCUCAAUUCAUGGCCUUCACGCCUACUUUAACAAAAAAUCUUUUGAGAUGUUGCAUUGAUUCAUUUCCGCUGCGAGUAAAAACUGUUCACUACAUAAACCCUCCCAAGUUUAUGAGCCGCCUCAUCACGUUCUUCAAGCUAUUUGUAUCGAACAAAAUCAGAGACAGAAUAUUUGUACACGAUUCACUGGAAGAUUUGUACCAGUAUAUUCCAAAAGAUGUAUUGCCUGACAUAUAUGGCGGCACAGGUGGAAAUCUGGAAAAAUAUGAAGAGGAUAUGUUAGAACUUUUGAUGGCUAACAAAGAAUGGUUGGAAGCACGACCAAAGGCUGACUUGUCGAGACGACCAGAACAUACAAAAACAGAUGAAUUGGACAUGAAUGGUACAUUCAAAAAAUUACAGAUUGAUUGAAUUUACACUUUAAAACAUAUUGGUUAGGAAUAUAAUAGAAUAAUAGUGAUUAUUUAUUCGUAAUUUAUUAUAAAAAUAUAAUAUUGUCUUUAUUCUUAAUGUUAAGUGAAAAAAAAUUAAACUUAAACAUGUGAAGUAUAAAACUGUUGCAGAAUUAUAUAUAAAAAUAAAUAUUUGAUAU